UCAUUUUUGCCGGAGCACUGAAGCACUUCCUUUACCCUUUCAUUUCCGCUUCAUCCCUUUGCAGUUUCGGCCAUCGUUUCCUCUAUAAUUCUUGUCAUUGCACAACUAAAGAAAAACGUAGGUAAACCAGUAGAGUUGUAAAAUCCUUUGUUGCGAGUGGCCCCUCAGAGCUCCACUCUCGACGCUUUAUCCCAUUCGGCAAGUGGGGUUUUCAUGUGAUCGGACCAAGGCUUCACGGCAGUGGCACGAUAAAAGCUGGGGUAUCCCGUCGCCCUCUACUCCCUUUUUAAUUCUCAAGUUUCUUCCAAUGCCAGCCCCUUCGGUUUCUCCUCAACCAGAUUGUCGAAAUAACCACGAUACCGACCCUUUUGUUCUAUACUCCCGGUCGGUGCACGAUUAUACCCUUAGACUUUGGGCGGAGUCGAGGAAGCUGGCGGAGGAAAAGGCCCGAGCGCGGUCGAAGGACGCUGCUUUAUAUGAUGCGCGAUGGAAAUUGAAACAUGAUUCCCAGAGAUUGUCGUCCUCUAGAACUCAUGCAAGCGCGUAACACUCAGUAAGGUCCACAGUACAGGUUACCGUGUGUCCUUUGUAUGUGUUUGCCCAUUUUAUUCCUUGUGUCAAUGUUCCUGUCUGCUAUGCUUGCUGUCUACCCACUUGUACCAUUGGCCCGCCAACAUCCUCCAACUUACGACCAUCAUUUUUCUCGGUG